AUGGUGGACAUCCUCCUCCCGCGGCCGCUCCCGGGCGCCAUGGGGGAGCCCUCCAAGAGGCGGCCGGGGCUGGCCCUGUGCGCGGGCUGCGGGGGCCGCAUCCAGGACCCCUUCCUGCUGCGGGUGUCGCCGGACCUGGAGUGGCACGUCGCCUGCCUCAAGUGCGCCGAGUGCGGGCAGCCCCUGGACGAGACCUGCACAUGCUUCCUGCGCGACGGCAAGGCCUACUGCAAACGGGAUUACAGCAGGCUCUUCGGCAUCAAGUGCGCCCAGUGCCGGGCGGCGUUCAGCAGCAGCGACCUGGUGAUGCGCGCCCGCGACCACGUCUACCACCUGGAGUGCUUCCGCUGCGCCGCCUGCGGCCGCCAGCUCCUGCCCGGCGACCAGUUCUGCCUGCGGGAGCGCGACCUGCUCUGCCGCGCCGACCACGGGCCGCCCCCCGACGGCGCCGCCGCCCGCGGACCGCGCAGCCCCGCGCUGCCGCCGGCCGCCGCCGCGCACCUCGCAGAGCCGGUGCCCGGGCGGCCGCCCGCCCCGCGGCCGCCGGCGCACAAGGCGGCGGAGAAGACCACCCGCGUGCGGACGGUGCUGAACGAGAAGCAGCUGCACACGCUGCGGACCUGCUACGCCGCCAACCCGCGCCCCGACGCCCUGAUGAAGGAGCAGCUCGUGGAAAUGACGGGGCUCAGUCCCCGCGUCAUCCGCGUUUGGUUCCAGAACAAGCGCUGCAAGGACAAGAAAAAGUCCAUUCUCAUGAAGCAGCUCCAGCAGCAGCAGCACAGCGACAAGACGAGCCUGCAGGGCCUCACCGGGACUCCGCUCGUGGCCGGCAGCCCCAUCCGCCACGAGAGCGCCGUGCAGGGCACCGCCGUGGAGGUCCAGACCUACCAGCCGCCCUGGAAGGCGCUCAGCGAGUUCGCCCUGCAGAGCGACCUGGAGCAGCCCGCCGCCUUCCAGCAGCUGGUCUCCUUCUCCGAGUCCGGCUCCUUGGGCACCUCCUCCGGCAGCGACGUGACCUCGCUGUCCUCCCAGCUCCCCGACACCCCCAACAGCAUGGUACCCAGCCCAGCCGAGACGUGA